AGAGGGCAGGCGUGGUUCGGUGUGUACUGGACUAAAAUAAGACCAGGAAAUUAAGGCUUAGUGAGGGCGAGAUUCAUUCCUCCUGUUGUGACGGUGGAGAGAAGCAGAUGUAUUGGUGACGGUGUGACUGGAAUAUUAGUGGAAAUAGAGCUUGUGAGAUAUCAGCUGAGGUGUAGAUUUGACCGUCCACGGUGUACCGCGAGUGAGCGAGGCGUUGUUCAGCUGAGCGGGUGGACAGAGACGGACUGCUGGGCGGAGGGAAAGAGGCACAACUGCCGGGUUACGGAACCGUGGGGCUGUCUAGCAGAUCUCCCUGGUCCCACUCAUCCCUUGACGGCGCGCGAGGAGAGAACGGUAAAGGCCGUGUGCUAACACACUUCUCCCCAGACUAUAGCCAAUUUGCAAUGCCUUGUUGAGAUUUGCCUAGUGCUGGUCGGUGAUAAUUCUAUUACCCUUUACUAGUCAAGACGGAUCUCAGAAGAGACCGACUUUAGCGAACAAAGGGUAUAUAUUUACCACGCGAAUUGUCUCUAUGCAGCUUGUGUGGGUUUCACUAGGUCUCGAGAAUUGCCUCGGCGGUGUAUGUGUGUUCUAGCCAAACCUGUGUGAAAUUCCCCCCGGGAUUUACCAGUCUGCGACGUGAGAGGAUACCUAUACCUAGCACCAAGCAUGGCGUUCAGAAUUCGUGUCUUCCUUCUUAUCGUGCUCGGUCUGACAUUAGCAGCUGAGAUUCAUAUGGCGCGUGCAUCGGAUCCGCGAUGUGUUCAGGAUCUAGAAAUAUGUCCACCUGGUCACUACAUGAAGGACUGCGUGGACGCUGCGGGGGAGAAUGGGCAGCUUUGCCAACAGUGCCCCGAGGGAACGUUCCAACCAGAUGAGAACAGAUACCCAGACAAAUGCCGCCUGACUCGCCUCUGUGAGCAGCCGUACAUGGAGUACAAGGACUUUGGAAACACGAUCAAGGACGCUGAAUGUAGCUGUGUGAAGACCCAUCACUUUGAAGGAGAUGACCAGCGUGCAUGCGUGCCCAACCAAAUAUGUGAUAAGGGUUUCGGACAGGGAACUUAUGGACAGUGUGAUCGGUGUAUUGACAAAAACAUGUACUCUGAUAGGAAAGACAACAGCCAACGAUGUAUGCCAUUAACAGAUUGCGAAAAGGAAAGUAGGUGCACCGUCCGGAAGAGCAAUGGUACAUUUGAUACAGAAUGUGGACCUUUCGUGGAAGACGUGAAGACUUGUGACAGCUUAUUAGGGCGAGACCAGGACUUGCUGAAAAUCAUCCUGCCAGUGAUCGUCGUGUGCGUCCUCCUCAUCCUUUUGUUCGUGUUCUGUAUUCUGAGAUAUCGGCGCCGGAAGCGAGCCCUCCGACAUCUCGUGGACGCGGAGAUUCCACGAGAAACGAUAGACACCGCCAUUAGCAAAAUCGUAGAAUUCUCAAAGAAAGAUGACGUCUUUUGUCGCAAAGCUUCUCAGUUAUGUGACAGGAGAGUAGAGAUGACAAUAGGCAGACAAAACUGGGCGCUGGCCCAGGAUUUAUUCAGACAUCACCCCAAAACAGGCAAAUAUGAGGUCAUCGUUCAAACAUACAAAGAUGUGCCACAUCCAGAGGAGGUCAAAGGUUACCUCAAAGAAUGGCACGACUGGAAAGAUAACUGUCCGGAGGCUAUUGCUGCUCUGCUGCGAUCUUUAAGGAAUAUAUCCAGAGAAGAUAUCGUACUGGACAUUUGCAGAAGAGUGAAUACAGACGCAGGUGACAUCGGUGUUGACAUUCCGUCUCGCUAUCAUAAUGGGGGCGAUAAGAAGGCAUUCCAUUUCACGUCACUGUUGCCUUGCACGAAAAGGAGGGCGAACAAUUCUCAGAUAUCCAUGAAUGGGAAAAACAAUGAAAAUCUUAGAACUGUGAAACCUUUGUUGGAUGAAGGCAGGGCUAACAACGACGAUGACGAUAACAGUGAAGGCAAUUCCAGCGGCCCAUUACAACCGAGCGCGCCGAUUAUGGCUGGAAGCUCGCCAUUGGACAGACAGGAAUCAGUUCCGAUACAAGCGAGCUCAUGAUUAGUUGUUUCAUUCCCAUAUUUCUCGCAUACAUAAUGACAGGAGUGUCUGAGUAGUUUCAGUAACAUAAUGGAUGACGGGCUAAUAAGUGUGGAUUUUUAACCUGAACAUUCUCGUUUGUGGAUUACCCCGCCUGUGGAGAGAGCUUGAGAACAAGAUGCGGUUGUCUUUCAUGGGCGUCAUUGAUAUAGUGGAUACGCCAUUUUACUUUUGGGCUUGUUUUAGCAGCCCUCAUUGUCGUGAUAAGCAAGAGUGUGUUACAGUGCAACCCUUCUUCAUAUCCCAAACUGGUCAACUGUGAUUGUAAGCCUUAUCGUAUAAUGGAGAGUGCAGAAGCCAUUUUGUUUCCAGUGCGCCAUUGAGAAGUCUUCCAGAAUGGUGUGUUGACGAGAACUGCGGGCUUCUGAUUGGUACCACAGUUCAUACGUAAGACCAUCAUACAAAUUUAAGCUCUCUGAAGUUUGUUUUUUUUACGAUAGAUGCUUUUGAAGAUGUCUGAUAUCGGAGGCGCCAGUGUAACUCACAGGAUUUGUCAUGAUGUAGGUGUAUGGCUCAGCUUCUUGUCAAAUGAAGUGAAAGGCCAAUUUAACUUUCAAAUUCUGUGAAGGGUUGAAGGCAAACAUUAAUUAGAACGUCAUUUUUUUGGAAGUAAGCUUUAGAUGGGAUUCCCGACACCAUGUGGCUUACGAAUUGUAUUGACAACGUGGUGGAAGACUCAGAAACAUCGUGAAAUGCUAUCGUGUAAUGUUCCUGCUGUAAAAAAAGUGUGUGAUGUACGAUUAUGUUCUUACCAAAGUGUCUCUGAACUUUGUAUUCAGUUGUGACCCAUUUUACUGAUUACAGAGUUUAUUUUAAUUGUACAAAUAUAAAUAUUAUGUCAGCAAGUUUCUACACACGGAUGAUAGUAUUGAUGGGGUGGUAAUAAGUGGAUAUCCACAUAUAUGUGGGGGAAAGUAUGAAAUAUCUCUCAUACAUAUUUUAGAACUUUGAUUCGCUGUCAUUUAUUAUCCCGGCCAUUCCUAGCAGCCGGUGAGAUUGCGUGUACAAUGAGCCUUGCCUUUCAGAACAGGAUCUGCGGAAAGCAGGUUCAGGUUCUAUUUUAAUUUGAUUUUAACUCUGAUAAGUUAUGCAGGUUGACUUUAACUUCAUUUUGCUUCGGUGCAAGUAACAGGAAUCCUGAUUCCUGAAAAUAUCGUAUGGUCCAAGUCAGGUUGGUAUAAACUGAUACAAUAUCGCCGUAUUUGUCAUGAACAAUAAGGUAAAAUCAAAGUGACAAAAGUUUUAAAUACAACACUAGCAUGCAGUGCUGUUUAUGGGUGACAUCGGUAAAUUCCUUCGUCUUCCUUUUCCAAAAAAGGAACACGUGUGUGCGCAGAUCAUAUGACAAAAUCAGGCCCUCAACAACUGGGUUCAGAGCCCUACACCCCUGCUUAAUCACUUCUUAAGUUCUAUUGCAAGACAGAAACCAGGGCUUGUCCUAGAGCGAAUUUGUCACGUUCUACAAUAGUAAAAGGUAGUUCUACGCAUGUAGCUCAAGGGAGACAACUCUGUCCGCGUAGCCUUAUGUUUCUCAGCAGCCCUCUUUCGGA